AUGUUGUCCAAUCCCCUACCAACCGUCAAUUCUCAAUCGUCACUCAGUCCUAUACCUUCCCUCAGUCCAAUAAAUUCCCUCAAUAACGGGAAUAACAACAACGAUUAUCAUAUGUCGCAUCACAUCUCUCAGCACCAUUCAACGUAUCAUCAUUCGCCUCCAUUGGAUCAUGCCCAGCCACCACAGGAAGUUUCGUCUAAUUAUCAGAAUAACCCUCAGCCUGUUACUAUUCCAUCUCCACCGGCGAGCAUCAAUCAACCUAGCUCGAAUUUACGAUUCGAAGUUGUUUUAGAAGCACCCACAGCUGCGGCCCAGCGCAUUGAUGAAACACCGAUAACUUACCUCAAUAAAGGUCAAUACUAUUGUGUCAUAUUGCAAGAUCAGGAAAAGACCGAUGCCGAUUUUACAACGAUUAUCAAAGUAAUGUUCCAUGAUGAAGCUCAUCGCAAAGUAGCGUCAUCAUAUUGGACUUUCUGGCUGAGCCAGCAAGCGUCACCCAAAACUGCUCGGGCUAUUGAUAUUGACAAGGCCGCAUCUUCGGGCAUAAGAAAUGUGGAGACAAAGUCCUUUGAUCGUGUACAAUUCCAAUGGAACGGUAAAAAACCCGCAAAGAUACUGGUGAAGUUUAACUGCUUGUCGACAGACUUUUCGCGCAUAAAGGGUGUCAAAGGCAUUCCGCUUCGAGUGCAUGUUGAAACCAAGAGCGAAAGCGAACAAUCGCUAGAGAAAUCGUUUGCCAAGAUUAAGCUCUUUAGGGACAAAGGAGCGGAACGUAAAUAUAAGGAUGACCAGAAACACCUGGACAAAAUGUGUGAUAAAAUGAGAGUCAAAUCACAAGAAACGACGCCAGUGAUGAUGAUGUAUGCACAACCUACCAAUGUGACAGUGUUCCAUGAAAUUACGGGUAAUUCAGAUGCAGCGGAUGAUGGCGAUGUGCUAAAUCUAGCAGAGCAGAUCAACAGUUUAGAAUCCGACGCUGAUGGCGGAGAAUUGGUGACCUUGCAUCUGGGCAAGCGACGACGAAUUUCGGUUGGAACCGAUAGUUUCAUGGAAGCUCUAGAUUGUGAUCCAACAUACAUUCCUGUACGGAAGAAGCGUGCUGUCCUUUGCAUUUAUGCCAAGUUUCCCAAUGAAUCAGUCUACCGUGCAAUCUAUCUUAACCAAUUGACGGCUUCCGACCUCAUUGCCAAACUUGUUGACAAGCUCGAUUUACAAGGUCAAACCGUUUCAAGCGUUCAUCGACACACUAAACGUGGGAUUAAUGUGCGAGUUGACGAUGAAUUGAUUCAUCAGAUUGAAGAUGAACAGGACAUGGAAAUUGACUAUACCGUAGAGCAGGAUGGUGUGCUUUUAUCGUUGAAAUUUUAA